AUCGCCUCCUCCGCCGACGCUGCGGGAGUGCUGUGCAACAUACACGUCAUCGCGGGCACCAGUAGUGGUCGCGGCAUCGCUAAGACGACGUGUGAGAACUCGCGCUGCUGACGCAGCGAGUACACAAGCAAGCGACCCGAAAGAGGUCUCUCUGCACAGCGUACGCGUCGGCGCGUCACAAGCAAAAGCCGUCGGCGCGUCGCAAGGAAAUGGCGCACAGCCGGCUCGCCGUCGCCGCGCUGCUCCUCGCCACGACCCAAGCUGUAGAUAGGAGCAAGUUCCGCACGUGCCAGGACACGCGCUUCUGCAGGGUGCACCGGAAACCCCCGGUGCCGCCGCCCUCAUAUAAAGUGGAUGCGGCCGGCGUUGCCUUGGUCGACGGCAUCCUACGGUUGGAGGUAUCUGAUCAAGUCCAGCCUCCUCUUUUGGUGAGUGUCGCGCCGCACGCUGAUAAUGGUGUAGUACGAACCAGAGUCGUCGAGAAGGAUAAAGUCCGAUGGGAGGCGCCCGACGUGUUACUUAGCGAUACAUUUGAGUUGGAUACGAAGGCAGCUCUGUCAAAAACGACCGAUAAGGCUACGCUCAAGCUGAGCUCGGGCCAUACUGUAGACGUAACGUACGAGCCCUUCUCCGUUCAAUUAACGCCACCAUCAGCCAAGGAGCCGUCCGUCGUCCUCAACCAGCGGUCAUUGCUCCAUUUCGAACGAGGGACGACGGUCGGAGCCGAGGCGACGCAAGAGGUCGCAUCAAAAUGUGAGAAGGACUACGCGUGGGACGGGAAUGAGUGUAAAAAAAUUGCCGGCUACUGGGAGGAUGGGUUGGCUCGGUUUGAAGAUGGUACCAAAGAAGUGAAGGAGUACGUCAAGUCGACGUCGGAAGACGGAUUGGAAGAAACGUUCUCGGGCCACACGGACCGCCCGAAGCACGGCCCGACGUCCGUCGGAAUUGACGUAUCAUUCCCAGGCAGCAAGGCGGCUUUUGGGUUGGCGGAGCACGCUUCGUCGUUCGCCCUCAAACCCACCACGGGCUCUCAGUACAAUGAACCUUAUAGAUUCUACAACUUGGACGUCUUCGAGUACGACCUAGAUGUCCCGAUGGCUUUAUAUGGUGCUAUACCUUUAGCAUGGGCCGUCGAUCCGUCUCGAACGUCUCAUAACACGGCCGGCGUCUUCUACAACAACCCCUCGGAGACGUUCGUCGACGUCUCUGAUGAUUACUCAUUGCACUUCGUGAGUGAGUCCGGUGUACUGGAGCUCUUCCUCUUCGCUCCAUCGACACCGGCGGAAGGCUUCUCCCAAUAUGCUUCGUUGACGGGAGCGCAGGAAUUACCUCCACUCUUCGCUCUAGGAUACCACCAGUGCCGCUGGAACUACAAGGACGAAGCUGACGUACGAGCCGUGCACGGCCGCUUCGAGGAGGAGGACAUACCUUAUGAUGUGCUUUGGCUCGACAUCGAGCACACGGACGGCAAGCGCUACUUUACGUGGGACUCGAACCUGUUCCCUGAUCCGGUCACGAUGCAGGAGGACCUGUGGUCUACCGGAAGACGCAUGGUGACCAUCGUCGAUCCGCAUAUUAAGAGAGACAACGGGUAUGUGGUCCAUAAAGAGGCUGAGAGUAAAGGACUGUACCUGAAGGACGGCUCAAAUGACUUCGACGGCUGGUGCUGGCCCGGUUCUUCAUCAUAUCCCGACUUUACGAAUGCGAAAGUGCGGCAGUGGUGGGCCGAGCGGUUUAGUCUGGAGAACUACCAAGGUAGUACCUCGUCUCUGUACAUCUGGAACGACAUGAACGAGAUGAGCGUUUUUAAUGGGCCCGAGGUGACGAUGCACAAGUCCGUAGUGAACUUGGAUGGGGUCGAGCAUCGGGAGUGGCACAACCUGUACGGCAUGUACUUCCAGCGAGCUACGGCGGAGGGCCUGAUGCUGCGCGAUGCGAACAAGCGGCCCUUCGUGCUAUCUAGAUCAUUCUACGCUGGUAGCCAGCGCUGGGGCGCCGUCUGGACGGGCGACAACGCGGCGCAGUGGUCGCAUCUGAAACAGGCCGCUCCCAUGUUACUGUCCAUGUCCGUGUGUGGCUUGAUCUUUGUCGGCGCCGACGCGGGCGGCUUCUUCGGCGACCCCGACGCGGAGCUCAUGGCGCGCUGGAUCCAGGCCGCGGCCUACACGCCGUUCUUCCGCGGGCACGCGCAUCAUGAUGCCAAAAGGAGAGAACCAUGGUCUUUCGGUCAGCCCACGACUUCGUACAUUCGCAGGGCGAUCGCGGACAGGUACGCGUUGUUACCUUACUGGUAUUCGGUCGAGAGCUGUGUGGAAAUCAACCAGUGAGUUAAAAUUUCUGCAAUUUUCACGCCAUCGAGCAGACGCAGCUACUGAGAAAAUAUCGCGUCGAUGGCGUUGGGCGCCCGAAAUUUGAUUUCCACACAGGUGUUUGCCGAGUCGCGCUUCUCUGGCUUGCCGGUCAUGCGGCCGCUCUGGGCCGAGUUUCCUUCUGAUAGUGGUGCGUUGCUUUUGGACGACCAGUGGAUGGUGGGCUCGGCGUUACUGGUCAAGCCCGUCACGGAGCAGGGGGCGUCUCACGUCGACGCGUAUUUGCCGCCUGGCCGUUGGUACGAAGUACACGGCGCCGCUCCGCUCACGCACGAUUCGCGGGGUCAGCGUGUCAGGGCGAAGGCGCCGAUCGAGGGAACGGCUCCGUUGUUUCAGCGCGGCAACACGAUAAUCGCGCGCCAGCGGCGCCUGCGCCGCAGCACCGUGGCCAUGGCUACGGACCCCUACGAGCUCACGGUCGCGCUCGACGCGAACGGUGCCGCGGCCGGCGAGGUGUUCCUCGACGACGGCGUGUCGUUUGACUUUGUCCGCGGCGGCUUCGCAAGGACUGCGUUUUCCUAUGCCAAUGGCAAGCUAUCCGCGGCGCCGGCGCACGAGUGCGACGCGCGGGCCCGCGCGCUCGGCGUCGAGGCGGCCGACGGAGGCGGCUUCGCGCCGGCGAACGUCGUCGAGCGCAUCGUCGUGCUCGGCCUGCCGGCGUCGCCGAAGGCCGUGGCCGUCGCGGGCCGCGCCGUCGACUUCUCCUGGACGGCCGGGGCGCUGACGAUCCGCCGGCCGGAUCUGCCCAUGGCGGGGGCGUGGGCUGUCGACUUUACCUUCUAAGUUUAGUUAUAUAAAGAUCUUACGCCUG